AAUUACUUUUUAGUCAGGGCGCAAGUGCGCAUCGUAUCGCGUAGUGCACUACAGGAGCGUCUUCAGCGCGCGCGCGCUAGUGUGUAAAAACCAUCACUUCACCAGAAUUUCGUGUCAGAACGGGCUGGUCUAAGGACCUGGGGGAUAUUGGCACCCUCUCCUCGUUCAUUCGCACCCACUCUCCUCCCCACACACCCUGUCGGAGCAGUACAGAAGCCCAACAAUCAGACAGCUGUCGACUGCCGGCUCGGGGCGCGCGCGCUACAUCACCAAUGCCGGGAAAGCGUCCGCGCAUUCAGCAGCUCUCUCGCGCGCACGGACGGACUGCGACUAUGUGAAGUAGUGACCGCAAGAAUGGACCAAAGGAACUACUUCGCGCUUCUGUUGCUUGUUUUACAUGUCCAACUCACAUUUGGAGAGUUCUUUCCAGGCAGCUGUUCGUUUGAGGAACACUACAGUAAUUGCGGAUACAGUGUGGCGUUGGGGACUAAUGGCUUCGCCUGGGAGCAAGUCAACACCUGGGAAAGACCCUCCAUGGACGCCGCCGUCCCCACAGGUUCCUUUAUGAUGGUGAAUGCUUCGGGUCGGGCAUCAGGACAGAAAGCCCACCUGCUCCUCCCCACUCUAAAAGAGAACGACACCCACUGCAUAGACUUUCACUACUCCCUGUCCAGUCGGGAUGGGACGAGUCCCGGGACUCUCAAUGUCUACAUAAAAGUGGAUGGUGGACCGCAGGGAAAUCCCAUCUGGAACGCCUCCACUCCGGUCACUGAAGGCUGGGUGAAAGCUGAACUCGCCAUCAGCACCUUUUGGCCCAACUCCUACCAGGUUAUUUUUGAGGCAGUAAGUGUACAAGGGCAUCCUGGGUUCAUCGCGGUGGAUGAGAUACAUGUUUUGGCCCACCCUUGUCGCAAGACGCCACAUUUCCUGCGACUCCAAAAUGUGGAGGUGAAUGUGGGACAGAACGCAACAUUUCAGUGUAUUGCUGGAGGCAAAUGGUCACAACAUGACAAACUCUGGCUACAGCAAUGGAAUGGUAAAGACACGUCUCUCAUGGUAACGCGAGUGGUGAACCAUCGACGAUUCUCAGCCACUGUUAGCGUAACGGACACGUCCCAGCGGAGCACCAGCCGUUACCGCUGCGUCAUUCGGUCUGAUGGAGGAUCUGGAGUCUCCAACUAUGCUGAGCUCAGUGUCAAAGCACCCCCUACACCCAUCGCCCCCCCUGAGCUUCUUGCAGUUGGCGCCACCUACUUGUGGAUCAAACCGAACGCCAACUCCAUCAUCGGCGAUGGCCCUAUCAUCCUGAAAGAGGUGGAGUAUCGCACCACCACUGGAAACUGGGCCGAGACGCACGUCGUGGAUGCACCAACUUACAAACUCUGGCAUUUGGACCCAGAUGUGGAGUAUGAGAUUAAAGUUCUUCUCACCCGACCUGGGGAGGGCGGCACUGGACCACCAGGACCACCGCUUAUAACUCGCACCAAAUGUGCUGAUCCAGUCAAUGGUCCCCAGAACGUGAAUGUGGUGGAUAUCCGCGCUCGUCAGCUCACCCUGCAGUGGGAGACGUUUGGAUAUGCUGUGACCCGCUGCCACAGUUUCAACCUGACCGUUCAGUACCAGUAUGUGUUCAACCAGCAGGUGUACGCUACAGAGGACCUCAUCCCCACCUCCUCUCAUUACACGCUGCGGGGACUGAGGCCAUUCGUGACCGUCAGGCUCCGACUGGUGCUCGCAAACCCAGAGGGCAGCAAGGAGAGCGAGGAGAUCGUCAAACAGACUGAGGAAGACGUUCCUGGCCCCAUUCCUAUGGAGUCUAUUCAGACGGGACCAUAUGAGGAGAAGAUCUUCAUGCAGUGGAAGGCCCCGAACGAAACAAAUGGAGUCAUUACUCUCUAUGAGAUCGCCUAUAAGGCUCUUAGCUCUCUGGAUCCCACUGCGGAUUUGACAACACAGCGAGGCCGGGUCUUCAAACUCCAAAACGAGACCCAUCAUCUCUUCGUUGGGUUGUAUCCAGGGACCACAUACUUCUUUACUCUAAAAGCCAGCACAAACAAAGGCUUCGGCCCACCUGUGACCACCCGUAUCACCACCAAGAUCGCAGCUCCAUCCAUGCCUGAAUAUGAGACUGACUCUCCUCUCAAUGAGACAGACACGACCAUCACCGUCCUCUUAAAACCCGCUCAAUCACGAGGAGCACCAGUCAGUUCUUAUCAAGUGGUGGUUCAGGAGGAGCGGAAGCAGAAAGUCCGGCGAGCCACUGAUGUUCUGGAGUGUUUCCCUGUUCCCGUGAGCUUCAGAAAUGCUUCAAUCUUGGAUUCUCCUCACUAUUUCGCAGCUGAACUCCCUCCGGUUAGCCUUGCUGUAGUUCAGCCCUUUACUAUAGGGGACAACAAGACUUAUAAUGGCUACUGGAAUGCUCCACUGUCACCUGCCAAAAGCUACAGCAUUUACUUUCAGGCCCUGAGCAAAGCCAACGGGGAAACCAAAAUCAACUGCGUGCGACUUGCCACCAAAGUGGUAAUAGGUAGGGGACAAAAUACCACGCCCUACAUACUUGUCAUUCCCAGUGAAGGUGCAUCUACCCAGAAUUCCAAUGACAUUGAGCCUGAAAAACAGGUGGACAGCACAGUAAAGAUGGCAGGCGUCAUUGCAGGAAUCCUCAUGUUUGUCAUCAUUCUCCUGGGCCUUCUCCUCACCUUCAAACGCAGAGAAAUCCACACCUGGAGAACUCUAAGUGUGGGAAGAAAUGCGUAUUCCUACUCUUAUUACCUGAAACUAGCUAAGAAACAGAAGGAGACAGCCAGCAGCAGCACGCAGAGAGAGAUGGGACCCGUAGGCACAGCGGAUAAAAGCACAGGAAAAGUCAGCACAUUACACAAGGACGAUCCGUUCUCCACCAGCAACCAGGACCUCAACGGAUUCUCCUCUUCUUCUCCCUGCUCUUUCUCCAUCCAAGGCAAAGCCAUUCAAAGUAAAACCCUCCUCAACUCAUACUACUCAGUUUCUAAGGAGCCAGUCCCUGCCACAGCAUCCAUAGAUGGCAGUCACAGUGAGAUGUCCCAGCCCUCCAUGACCAUCCAGACAUACCCAUAUGGAGGCUGUGAGUCGGUGGAGAUGUCCUACCAGGCCGGCCAGUUUCAACCGGCCAUCAGAGUGGCAGAUUUGCUUCAGCACAUCACCCAGAUGAAGUGUGGCCAGGGUUACGGCUUUAAAGAGGAGUAUGAGGGUCUGGCUGAGGGACAAACUGCCCCAUGGGAAACUGCCAAGAAAGAGGAAAACCGCAACAAAAACCGCUACGGCAACAUCAUCGCUUACCCCACAGACGAUCACACUCGUGUCCGACUGCAGCCGCUGGAGGGAGACCCACACUCCGACUACAUCAACGCCAACUAUAUAGAUGGCUACCACAGACCAAGACACUACAUAGCAACGCAAGGCCCCAUGCAGGAGACCGUCAGGGAUUUCUGGAGGAUGAUUUGGCAGGAGAAUUCAGCCAGUAUCGUCAUGGUAACCAACCUGGUGGAAGUGGGCAGGGUGAAGUGCGUUCGCUACUGGCCUGACGAGACCGAGGUGUAUGGAGAUAUCAAAGUCACACUGAUUGAAACGGAGCCGUUGGCAGAAUAUGUAAUCAGGACUUUUACUGUACAGAAGAAGGGUCACCAUGAGAUCCGGGAGAUCCGGCAGUUCCACUUUACCAGCUGGCCUGAUCACGGCGUCCCCUGUUAUGCCACAGGCCUGCUGGGCUUCAUCCGCCAGGUCAAGUUCCUCAAUCCUCCAGACGCAGGACCCAUCGUGGUUCACUGCAGUGCUGGUGCUGGAAGAACAGGCUGUUUCAUUGCGGUGGACAUCAUGCUGGACAUGGCGGAGAGUGAAGGAGUGGUGGACAUCUUUAACUGCAUCAGAGAGCUGCGCUCGCAGAGAGUCAACAUGGUGCAGACUGAGGAGCAGUAUGUGUUUGUACAUGAUGCCAUCCUGGAAGCAUGUUUAUGUGGAAACACAGCAAUCCCAGUGUGUGAAUUCAGAGCCAUUUACUACAACAUCAGCAGACUGGACCCGCAGACCAACUCCAGCCAGGUCAAAGAUGAGUUUCAGACUCUGAAUAUAGUGACGCCGCGUGUUCGUCCAGAGGACUGCAGCAUUGGCCUUCUCCCACGUAACCAUGAUAAAAACCGCAGCAUGGACGUCCUCGCAGUGGACCGAUGCCUGCCUUUCCUCAUUUCUGUUGAUGGCGAGUCCAGCAAUUACAUCAAUGCAGCGCUGAUGGACAGCCACAAACAGCCAGCGGCCUUCAUCGUGACGCAGCACCCUCUGCCCAACACCAUGGCCGACUUCUGGAGGCUCGUGUUUGACUACAACUGCUCCACCAUCGUCAUGCUGAAUGAAAUGGACGCUGCACAGCUCUGCAUGCAGUAUUGGCCAGAGAAAGGCUCCUGCUGUUAUGGGCCCAUACAGGUCGAGUUCAUCUCUGCUGACAUUGACGAGGACAUUAUCAAUCGCAUUUUUAGGAUCUGCAACAUGGCUCGGCCUCAAGACGGCUACCGGCUGGUCCAGCAUUUCCAGUUCAUCGGUUGGCCUGCGUACAGAGACACGCCGCUGUCCAAACGCUCCAUCCUGCAGCUGGUCAGACGACUGGCCAAAUGGCAGGAGCAGUAUGAUGGAGGAGAUGGACGUACAGUCGUCCACUGCCUGACGGGCGGAGGACGCAGCGGGACGUUUUGUGCCAUCUGUAGCAUCUGUGAGAUGAUCCAGCAGCAGAACAUCGUGGACGUUUUUCACACAGUCAAGACGCUGAGAAACAACAAAGCCAACAUGGUGGAGACAAUGGAGCAGUACAAAUUCUGUUAUGAAGUGGCACUGGAGAGUCUGAACGGCUUCUGAACGCAGGAAAACAAGAGAAACAAUCUUCUCUUCCUCCUCAGAACGACAUCUCAUCUCGUCCUUCAGCAACGGGAACGCUGUAAAAUACUGUAUAAAUAAAAUGUUAUUUGCCAUUUCUUUCUUCUUCUGUCAAUGUCCAGCAUCCGAGCGUGUAUCCUGGACCGUGAAGUGAUCUUGUACAGUCCUUUUCCUUUUUAGCUCUGCGCCUUGAAUGUUACCCAUCAAUGUAAAGAACAAAAAAAAAGAGAGAUUAAAAAAAAAAAGCUUCUUUCUACAUGCCGGCUGGGAAUCACCAAAUAGACUUUCCCUGAGCUCUGUACAGAUUUAAAGAGAAAUAACAACAACAAAAAGCUUAAAAGUGAAUUUGCAGAGAAACGUGAGAACGGAUAUUUUUGUUAUUCUGAUGAUGAGUUUUUUUGUGGUUCCUUCCUUUGGUGCGUUUUCACUCUGCCUGCUUUCUCAUAAAACACACACAAACACACUCACCGCUCGCCUACAAACCAGCAUAAAGAGGUUCAAAAGAUGGACGUUUUAGGGUAAUGUUUCUUUUGUUGAUGUUUCUUGUCUUUUCUUUUAGUGUUAUAAAUAAUAGGUGUUGCCAUUUUGGUUUCUUGAUGUGGGCAGUGAACGUUGAAGAGUAAAAAUGUAUCUUCUGAAAAAAGUAUUUUCUGUUUGUCAUUUGCACUUUAUAUGUUCAACAUAGGCUCAAUUCUGAAAAUUUUACCCUGUAUACAUUUCUGGAGAUCGUGAAUUAUGCAGCCAAAUGAACGUACGGACGAAUUUCAUCUUUAAAAAGAACACUAACAGUGUGACGCCGUCUCAUUUUCACACUUACCAGCUGACCGAUUAUCUCCAUGUUGACGUUACCAGUUUGUCCAGAACUCGAAGCAUACAUCAGCAAAUUUACACAGACUGGGCCGGAGUGGGCAUCCUUUUUAG